UCAAUCCUAUAUUUUUGUUUUCAUUUUGAGAAAGAAAGUAAACUUUGGAAAUCUGUUGAUAUUGGAUGCAAUUUUUCACUAACUACAAAAAUGUAAGAACAUUUCAGGAAAUUCCAACAGCUACAAUGUGACUUCUACGGUAUGAAAGGUUUUAAUUGUACAUAGCUAAGUCAGAAUGUGACCAGUAUGGCAGAGUAUGAGACACAGUACCAGUCUUUGGCAUCUUAUGAUGAAGAGGAGGAAACAGAUGACAAUGAGAUUCCAGUCCAUGACACCAACUUCAUGAUUCAUGUUGUUCCUGAGAGCUCUCGCUGGAACCACAUAGAGAAUCUAGAUGACUUUUUUGCACGUGUAUACAACUUCCAUCAAAGAGGAGGCUAUGUGUGUAUGGUGGUGGAGGAUCUACUACAACUCAUACAAUUUCUAUUUGUGGUUUGGUUCUCCACAUUCCUGGCAUCAUGUGUCCGGUACGAUGUCUUGUUUGCUAACGAACCCAACAUGACUAACCACAAGGUCACAAUUCCAGAGGCAAUCCGACCAUUUGACCAAUGUCUUGGCCAGUUUGACUUCGGUAUUGUGUUGUCUCUCCUGGUUGCCCUCGUGUUCUGGAUGUUCCGUCUAAUCAAGGUUAUCUACAACAUUGUAAAAUACACAGAGAUCCGUUCUUUCUACAUCCAUGCCCUAAAUAUCUCUGCAGCUGAACUACCAAACAUGACAUGGCAUGAGGUUCAAAGAUGUCUGCUAGAGGUACAGAAGGAACAGCAGAUGUGUAUCCACAAACAGGAACUCACAGAGCUUGAUCUUUACCACAGAAUCCUGAGAUUUAAGAAUUACAUGGUGGCCAUGGUGAACAAGUCAUUACUCCCGGUGAAAUUUAAGGUGCCUUUUCUAGGAGACUAUGCUUUUCUAAGUACAGGACUGAAAUAUAAUUUAGAGCUAAUACUGUUCUGGGGACCAUGGUCACCAUUUGAAAAUAAUUGGAAAUUAAAAGAAGACUUUAGACAAAGUCAUCGAAGGAAACAUUUAGCAGAAAUGUUGUCAAAAAGGAUUUUGUGGAUAGGUAUAGCAAAUCUAGUAUUAAGCCCUCUCAUCUUCCUGUGGCAAAUACUCUACUCCUUCUUCAGAUAUGCAGAGCUGAUCAAAAGACAGCCUGGUAUACUAGGAGCAAGGCGAUGGUCCAAUUAUUCCCGGUUGUACUUAAGACAUUUUAAUGAGCUGGAUCAUGAAUAUAAUGCAAGAUUAAACCGAGGUUACCCAGCUGCUAAUAUGUACAUGAAUAUUUUCACGUCUCGAAUAACCAUCAUAAUGGCCAAGAAUGUUGCGUUCUUUGCGGGGUCCAUACUGGCUGUACUGGUGGUUCUCUCUGUGUAUGACGAGGAUGUCCUGAGUGUGGAACACGUUCUAACCACUAUCUCACUGGCAGGUCUGGUUGUAACAGCAUGUCGGGUCCUUAUCCCAGAUGAGCACAUGGUGUACUGCCCAGAAGUACUGAUGAGGAACAUACUGUCCCACAUUCACUACAUCCCAGACUACUGGAAGGGAAACGCUCAUACCUAUAAAGUCAGGGAUGAGUUUGCAAUCCUUUUCCAGUACAAACUUUCCUACUUGAUAGAGGAGCUACUCAGCCCCCUCGUCACUCCAUUCAUACUGUGUCUGUCUCUCCGAUAUAAAUCACUGGAGAUUGUAGACUUCUUCCGGAAUUUUACUGUGACUGUCGUGGGGGUAGGAGAUGUUUGUUCCUUCGCUCAGAUGGAUGUGAGAAAGCAUGGUCAUCCAGAGUGGGCACACAAGGUGGAUACAGAGGCUAAUCAAUACAACCAGGCAGAGGACGGCAAGACGGAGUUAUCCCUCAUGCACUUUCAUCUUACAAAUCCAGAGUGGAAGCCUCCAAACACAGGUGGCACCUUUAUACAGACAGUUCAAGAGGAAGCCCAAAAAGAAAUGUCUUCCCUAGGCACAGCUCAGUCUGAAAUGCCAGGUGUAAUACCAGGAAUGUUUAACUCUCACCUCCCUAGUCUGGGACUGCUUCCCAGCACACUCAAUCAAGGAAUGGGGUACAACAGUUUAGCAUCAAGUGUAGCCAUGCAGAGCACUUUGUAUUCCCCAACUACAGCAUCAGCUGCCCCCACUGGAGCCUCAGGAGGCCAUGGGAUACAUCACAGACUGAAGGGAGGUAUAUCCCAAAUUGAGGGGCCCCUAGGAGGGGGAAACCUUGGUUUGUUAAGUAGUAUGACAAGCUCUGGCAGUCUGCAUGGCAGUGGUAUAGGCAUGGUCCCACACAGUAAUCAGCCUCGUGUGGAUGAGGGCACACUGGAGAUGAUGUCACAUGACAUGAGUUUUAGUGCAUUGUACUUACAUGACCUCCAGUUCAAAAGGUCGCGGGGUCAAAGUAGUGGUGAGAACAUUGACAUUCGUACACGUGCUACGUGGCAAAGACAGGACAGUAACCAGUCACAUGUUCCUAUGGCACACAUACAGGAAGCUGGACAGGAAGAUAACUGUGAGGAAUUGUUAUCACAUCCAUCUAAUGCUGCUGAGGAAAACGAGCAGUCUAUAUCGCACUUGUCUAGCCAAGCCCAAGGCGAUGACUACCACCCACUCGAAUAGUCAAACAGAACCUACACACCUGUCUUACCUAGUAAAGGGUGAUGACUACCACCCACUCGAAUAGUCAAACAGAACCUACACACCUGUCUAACCAAGUAAAGGGUGACGACUACCACCCACUAGAAUAGUCAAACAGAACCUACACACCUGUCUAACCAAGUAAAGGGUGAUGACUACCACACACUCUAAUAGUCAAACAGAACCUACACACCUGUCUAACCUAGUAAAGGGUGAUGACUACCACUCACUCUAAUAGUCAAACAGAACCUACACACCUGUCUAACCUAGUAAAGGGUGACGACUACCACCCACUCGAAUAGUCAAACAGAACCUACACACCUGUCUAACCAGGUAAAGGGUGACGACUACCACCCACUCGAAUAGUCAAACAGAACCUACACACCUGUCUAACCAGGUAAAGGGUGACGACUACCACCCACUCGAAUAGUCAAACAGAACCUACACACCUGUCUAACCAAGUAAAGGAUGACGACUACCACACGCUCUAAUAGUCAAACAGAACCUACACACCUGUCUAACCAAGUAAAGGGUGACGACUACCACAGACUCGAAUAGUCCAACAGAACCUACACACCUGUCUAACCAAGUAAAGGGUGACGACUACCACCCACUCGAAUAGUCAAACAGAACCUACACACCUGUCUUACCUAGUAAAGGGUGAUGACUACCACCCACUCGAAUAGUCAAACAGAACCUACACAACUGUCUAACCAAGUAAAGGGUGACGACUACCACAGACUCUAAUAGUCAAACAGAACAUACACACCUGUCUAACCAAGUAAAGGGUGACGACUACCACCCACUCUAAUAGUCAAACAGAACCUACACACCUGUCUAACCAAGUAAAGGGUGAUGACUACCAACCACUCGAAUAGUCAAACAGAACCUACACACCUGUCUAACCAAGUAAAGGGUGACGACUACCACCCACUAGAAUAGUUAAACAGAACCUACACACCUGUCUAACCAAGUCAGGGGUGAUGACUACCACCCACUCGAAUAGUCAAACAGAACCUACACACCUGUCUAACCAAGUAAAGGGUGAUGACUACCACCCACUCGAAUAGUCAAACAGAACCUACACACUUGUCUAACCUAGUAAAGGGUGACGACUACCACCCACUAGAAUAGUCAAACCGAACCUACACACCUGUCUAACCAAGUAAAGGGUGACGACUACCACCCACUAGAAUAGUCAAACAGAACCUACACACCUGUCUAACGAAGUAAAGGGUGAUGACUACCACCCACUAGAAUAGUCAAACAGAACCUACACACCUGUCUAACCAAGUAAAGGGUGAUGACUACCACCCACUAGAAUAGUCAAACAGAACCUACACACCUGUCUAACCAAGUAAAGGCUGACGACUACCACACGCUCUAAUAGUCAAACAGAACCUACACACCUGUCUAACCAAGUAAAGGGUGACGACUACCACACACUCUAAUAGUCAAACAGAAACUACCAACCACCCGAAUAGUCAAACAGAACCUACACACUUGUCUAACGAAGUAAAGGGUGACGACUACCACCCACUCUAAUAGUCAAACAGAACCUACACACCUGUCUAACCAAGUAAAGGGUGACGACUACCACCCACUCGAAUAGUCAAACAGAACCUACACACCUGUCUAACCAAGUAAAGGGUGACGACUACCACACACCCCCUUAUAGUCAAACAGAACCUACACACCUGUCUAACCAAGUAAAGGGUGACGACUACCACACACUCUAAUAGUCAAACAGAAACUACCAACCACCCGAAUAGUCAAACAGAACCUACACACUUGUCUAACGAAGUAAAGGGUGACGACUACCACACAUUCUAAUAGUCAAACAGAACCUACACACCUGUCUAACUAAGUAAAGGUUUAUUCUUUAUAUGAAUAUUUUAUCAGUCUGAACACUUUAGUACCAUAUUCCAAGUAAGAAGCCCACAUGUCCUUAUAAUCCCCAUAUUUUCUCUCCGAAAAAAGGAUACAUAAAAAGUUGCGUUUUAAGUUAUGUCACUGAUCUGCCAAUAAUUUUUUCAGACUUUUAACUGAAGCGUUCUGGAGAAAUGGAAAAGUGUAUUUGCUGAAAAAAUCUUUCUUAUUUAUCAAACCAGAUAUCAAAUGGAAAAUAGAUUGCCAAUACAUGACCAAAAUCAUAAUUCUCUCAAAAACAAGUACAUAAUAUGCCCUUGUAAAGGUUCUAGAAAGUUGACUUAUGCAUUUCCUGCUUUCUCAUUGACACCAGCCGUGUAGACCUGUUAUUGUAAUUAGUUUAUUAAGCAAUGUGCUUAUUGGGUCAAAUACAAUAUCUGUAUAUGUUAUGAAUGAACUGACAUUGAAAGUGUAUUUCAUAUUUUCUUUUUGACCGAAAAUUUUCCAUUGUACAUUGACACCAUCUAUCUUUUCAUUUGUAACAUAAAUGCCACAUAAUUGUUGUUAAGUCUUGCCUGAUCAAAGUUCCUGUACAUAGUAAGCUAUGUAAUACUGCUUAAAUCAUUAGAGUUUAGAAACAUAUCUUCAAUUUAUCCAUUUUAAUUAUACCUAUGUAUCUACAUUAUAUGGGCAUUGGCAACCAUAAGGGAUUAAAAUGUUGUGACUGGGGUUUAUUAAUCAAUAUACGUUAUUUAUCCCCAAGUAAACCGCCUCCCCUUAUGUAAAAAUUAGUACCAUAUUUAUCCUCAAAUAAGCUCCUUUUGCUUGUGUAAAAGUUUAGUACCAUAUUUAUCCUCAAAUAAGCCCCCUCUGCUAGUGUUAAAGUUUAGUACCAUAUUUAUCCUCAAAUAAGCCCCUUCUGCUAGUGUUAAAGUUUAGUACCAUAUUUAUCCUCAAAUAAGCCCCUUCUGCUAGUGUAAAAGAUUUGUAUUCAACUUAAGGAAUGGCUUAUGUGUAAACCACGUUUUAGCUUACAAUUUUGAAAUUGUUGAUUUUAGGGUUAUUUGUGGGUAGGGACUUAUUUGUUGAUAAAUACCAUAUGUACAUCUUUAUUUGUAUCCUAAAUAUUGUACUACAUAUUGUGAAAUUAUUCAUAUAAUAAAUUUUACUAAAAAUUCUUUAAAAUUAACAUUUACAUUGUUAGAAAACACAUCAAAGAUUGUACAAUACUACAUAAUACCAAAGCUUGACUAUAUGUACCAGCCAUAGAUACAAUGUACUUAAUUUUACGGGUUUCUUUUUUGAGAUAUUUUCUUGCACAUAAUUCCUGUGGUCUGUCUUUGCCUCUGGACUAAUAAAUUAGACUGUUUUAUUCUAGAUAAUGGUCUUUGCCAUAGAAAGGUGAUAGUGAAAUAAAACAUCAGAAUUGAAGUGUGUACAGUUAAUUUAACCACAUAGAUACAAUAGGCCACCAAGGAAGUUCUAAGCUGCUGUGGGAAAUAACAUAGAAAGUAGGGCAUAGUUUGACAGAGUCACUUUUAAUCAUUUGAUACGGAGAUCCAGCUCCAAACAGAAACUAGGACCUCUGCCUCUUGUAUCUCACUGUUAUUUUGAAUUCUUCCUCUUUAUUGUUUUUCAUGUGUUAUGAAGAACUGGUUGUUAUUUUUUUAUAAAUAGACCAAAUGCAAAUCUUGUACCCGUACAAUUAUAGAAGAAUGACCCGUUACAGAUAAAUGUAUUUGUUAUAAGGUACGUUAACCCUGCCCAGAGUUUUCUAUAUUAAUUAUGCCACUUAUAAUCACAUUUCUAGAGAAAACCCAGAGAAAAUUGCACAAGACUUUUUAUGGCUGGUUUAAGAUGGGGUCUUGUUGUCCCUUAUCAUUUUGGGAAGAAAAUUGGUGAAUUGGGAAGGAACAUUCAGCAGUAAACUGCAAAACUAGAAAAAUCGACUUCAAAGGGACAUUCCUUCGUUGAAUAAAAUUUAGGUCGUCAACAUUUUCGAAGUAGUAAAAGUUAUCAUCUUAACAAUGAUACGGCAGUUUUACUCUCAAGAUAAACCAAAGUUCUUCAAGUAUUCAGUCUUGAAAAUUCUUAAUUCGACCCAAACUAUCACAAAUUACCGCCAAGACAUACAGUAUUUGUAUAUGAUACGCCUUUUUCCUGUCAUUUCGGCGUUAAUUUACAUGUAGGUACAAAUUAACACUCAUGUAUUCAACGUUUGGACAUAUAUUUCAUCAAUAGAAAUUGUGCUUGUUUCUGAUGUCUGAACGAAGGAAUGCCCCCUUUAAUAUGAAAUAUUUUCAAUUGGGAAUGGGACCAUUAUCAGUCCCAACAAGCCCUCAGGAAAAAAACACUGUUGUCAUGUUGGUAUUUAUUUUGUGUCACCUAUACACAGAUGUUGUUUUUAUUGUUUUAGUACUUUUUAAUACUGUUACAUGUGUCUAUAUAAGCUAACCGGCUGUAAGUUUACAAUUUGUAUUUAGUAACGUGCCAACUGGCAAUACAUUUUAUAUUGUCUGACCAUAGAUAGAAUCGUGAUAAAUUGUCUAUUACAACAAGUCCAGCAGCUAAGAGUGCUAAAUAUUAUAAUGAUUGUGCGUGUAUGCCUACCCUUGUUUCAUGACAGGAACGCUUCAUUUUACUUAAUGUGCUAAAUUGUACCAUAUUGUAUGAAAAGCCACUGAUUUCUGCAGUAUAAACUAUAGCAGGACAUGUUAAUACAAUUUGGAUUGUU